GAUGGGGAUGAACGUGCCGGAGGCAGCGGACAGGCGUGCGUGCUAGAGAGCGCCACACAGGCAGGCAGGACACGCAGGUGGCAGUGUGACGCUUGUGCACCGCGAGGACCUGCCGGGAGAAGGUCACCUGUGUGCCAGGACAGCCGUACGUGUGGCCCGGCCGCUGUCACCACCGCGGCCCCAGCCCCGUCGCGGGCGGGCCCGGCGGGCGGGUGACAGCCGCACCCUGGACCGGGCGGGUGCUUCCCGCCCCGCUGUCCCCAUCCCUGUCCCCGCCGAGGCCACACAGGCUCCGUGGUCCCACUGGACACCCCCAUGCAGCCGGAGCGCGGGGGGCAGAGCCCAGGAGCCCCCGAAACUGAGGUCAAGACUGUCAUCGUGGGGGAUGGCGGCUGCGGGAAGACAUCACUGCUGAUGGCCUUCGCCAGAGGGGACUUCCCCAAGGUCUAUGUCCCCACCGUGUUCGAGAAGUACACAGCGUCCCUCCAGGUUGCCGGCAAGCCCGUGAAGAUCCACCUGUGGGACACAGCAGGACAGGAAGACUAUGACAGGCUACGCCCUCUGUCCUACUCGGAUGCCGGCGUUGUCCUCAUGUGCUUUGAUGUCACCGACUCCAACAGCUUUGACAACAUCCUAACGAAGUGGUACCCGGAGGUGAACCACUUCUGCAAGGGGGUCCCGGUGCUGCUGGUGGGCUGUAAGACGGACCUGCGGCAGGACCAGGAGCUGCUGCAGGAGCUGAAGGACGGACGGAUGGAGCCCGUGUCCCGGCAGCAGGGAGAGGCCAUGGCCCGGCAGGUCCGUGCCGUGUCCUACAUGGAAUGCUCGGCCAGGUAUCAGGAUAACGUAGGGAACAUCUUCGUGACCGCCUGCAGCGCCGCCAUCAGCGCCGCCCGCCGGAGGCAGCGCAAGGAGAGACCCAGGAGGGUCUGCGUGCUCCUCUGAGCACCCCGGCUCGGCACCAGCCCCCCCCGGGAUCCGCCGCUGUCCCCAAGCUCCGACCGCACGGCGGCUGCUGCCACGCCUCCACCUCUGCCACCAGAACACCGCUGCCACCCUCCUGACCCGGGGCUGGCACCGCUGGUCACCGCGGGGUGACAGCAGGAAAGCAUCCCUGGCAUGAAGAAACUGUCACGCCUGGAUCCCAGAGUCCUGUCCCUUUCCCACCAUGGAUCCCAGCAUCCUGUCCCACCAUGGAUCCCAGCAUCCUCUGCCAGCCGGGCUCUGGGAGCAGAGAACUGAUUUGGGGGCGCCCCUUCCCGCUGGCAGGCCAGCGCCGGAGGGUGCCACGGGGUGACGGCGGGCUGAUCUUCUGCCAUUAAAGUGACACAACACUCA